UAGAGAGCUAUAUAAGGCAGGCCUGGAGCAGCAUGCAGAGCAGAGCAGAGCUGACCUACAGCCACAACAGCUAACCAUUCCCCCAGCUCUGCAGACAAGAUGCCUCGACUGUGUGUGUGCAUGCUAGUCUUAGGGCUGGCUCUAGCUACCUUCUCGGAAGCUUCUUGGAAACCUCGCUCCCAGCUACAGGAUGCAUCCUCUGGACCAAGGACCAAUGGGGCCCUGGAACAGCACCAGCUAGAAAAGCUGGGCCCAUCCUCUCACCAUCGGAGACAGCUGGGGCCCCAAGGUCCGCAACACUUCAUAGCAGAUCUGUCCAAGAAACAUAGGCCACCAAGGGAGGAAGAAGAGGAAGCAUACGGAUGGAUGGAUUUUGGUCGCCGCAGCGCUGAGGAAGAAGACCAGUAUAACUAGCAAUGCUCUUCCAGAGCCCAGCCAUCUCCAGCCACCCCCAGCUCAGUCCUUAAAAAACAUAUUAAAAAUAAACUAGCUUGCAAUGUA